AUGUCACAAAGUCGUACAACCUCCCGAUUAAGUACCGAGGCCUCAAAAACCAGUAAACAAACAAGAAAAUACUUUAUUUCACAACAAGGAAGUUCCAAACAAGGAAAAUCAGAUGCCUACAAAAUGUUCAUCAAUUAUGGUCACGACUGUACCCUCGAAGAUAUAGCAGAUAAUUACGACUGGGAUUAUGCUCCAGGUCUUUCAAUCCGAGCUAAAAUAAAAAGAUGGUGGGCUCGGAUGAGGGUCGUAUCAGAGACCAGUAAAUUUUAUACACAUCAUUUAAGAAGUUUUGGAGCCAUUUCGGCGGAGAGGAAAAGACACCUGAAGCAAUAUCCUCAUGCAAUUCAUCCAUUUAGUAUAGGAAGGAUAAUCUGGGCUGUAAUUAUGACCUUCGUGAUAUUGAUUCAAUUUACAGUCACACCAUUUUUGUACCUAUUCUUCGAUUUUAGAAAAAAAUAUUAUUCAUUUCCACUUGUAUUUAACAUAUUUAGAUUAAUAUUUGAUACAAUUUUAAUAUUCAACGUGAUAAUCAACUGUCUAACAGGAUACUACGAUGAACCAAUGCAAAAAGUUAUAUUGGAUUGUAAAUCUACUUUGAGGUAUUAUUUAAAAACAAAUAUGGUUCCAGAUAUUUUAUCAGCUUUACCUACCUACCUUGAUAUUUUUAUAAAGUUAUAUGUUGGAAAUAUGGCGAUUCUUAUGUGGAUGACAAUGUUCAGAUUUUUGUUGGUCCGAUCUUUUAAUGUUUAUUCUAAAAUUGUAGCAAAUUAUUUUCAUAUAAACCAUUUUAAUUAUAUGACAACAAUGGUUAUUGUAAAUACUGUGCUGUUUUGGCAUGUUAUGUGUUGUGUCGUCGAAUUUAUAAGAGCAAAUAUUAUAUUUAUUAAGAGAUAUGACGCUUUUUUUGAUAUGUCCGCUGAAGGAUACUUGAUUCCCGAUUGUAUUUGGAUAAAAUAUAUAAAUGCCCUGCAUCAUAAGUCUUUAUUGCUUUAUAAUGCCGGAUAUGGUAAAUCGAUACCAAAAACCGAAUUAGAAAUUAUUCUGAUUUAUGUAGUCUGGUAUGGAUCAAGCCUUUUCUGCAUCUAUAUUUUAGGGGUAUUCUUGGGCUAA